AUGGCAACAUAUAAACCAUUAGAAUAUUUAGAACAUUUAAAAAAGAUUGUACCAGAUCUCUCUGAUCAAAUCAAUAAUAUUAAAGAUACAUAUGAAAAUAAAUUAUGGCAUCAAUUAACAAAACAAAUUGAAAUGAUUAUCAUUUCUCCACAAUUAUUGGAGAAAAAAGAGUUAUUUAAUUUUUAUACAAACUUUAUCAGAGACUUUGAAAAUAAAUUAAGACCAUUAAGUUUAGUUGAAAUUUGUAUUGCUGUUGCAAGACAAUUUGAUACUGAUGAAAGUAGAAAAUUCAUUGAAACUAUUUCUCAAAAAGUUAAAAAAGAUAAAUCAGCAUACAUUUUAACCUUAUCAUAUAUUGCAAAUAUGAAUUUACGUUCAGGUGUUGCAGAACAAUUACAAGAUUGUAAAAAAACAUUAGAAUUAGCAAAAGAAGAAUUACAAGGAGUCACUGGUUUAGAUACAAUUGUUUAUUCUUCAUUUUAUCGUGUUUCAACUGAUUAUCAUAUGGCAAAGAGUCAAGCAAGUGAAUUUUAUAAAAAUGCUUUAAUGUACUUAUCAUACUGUAAAUUAGAAACAAUCUCUCAAGAAGAACAAGCAAGUCUUGCUUAUAAUUUAUGUAUUGCCGCUUUAGUUGGUGAAAAUGUUUAUGGUUUUGGUGAUUUAAUUGCAAAUCCAAUUCUUAAAGCAUUAGAAGGAUCACAACAUAAUUGGUUAAUUGCAUUUUUAAAGGCAUUCAAUAUUGGUGAUAUUCAACAAUUUGAAGGAUUAAUGUCACAACAUCGUGAUAUUAUUUCAACACAAACUGCAAUCACAAAUAAUAUGCAAAAAUUAAGACAAAAGAUAUCGAUUCUCUCUUUGUUAGAAUUGGCUUUUAGAACACCAUCUGACAAGAGAUCAAUUUCAUUUUCAAAGAUUGCUCAAGCCACUAAAUUACCAUUAGGUGAGAUUGAACAUCUUUUAAUGAAAUCACUUUCAUUAAAUUUGAUCAAAGGUUCAAUCGAUCAAACUGUUGAAAUCAUUCACAUCACUUGGGUCACUCCAAGAAUUUUAGAUCUUAAUCAAAUCAAUUCAAUGAAUAAUAGAAUCGCUGAAUGGACUGAAAAAGCAAAAACUUCUUUAAGAUUAGUUGAAGAUGAUACUGUUGAUUUAGUUGCUUAA